UGGAAAGGAAAAUUAGGCCAGAAUAGGGAAAAAAAGAAUUAAAAGAUCGUUACUGGAGCUCCUAAUGCUAAGGUGAAACAAGGAUUCCCAUAAGAAAAAAAUUAAACUGAGAUUAGGGAAAAAAAGAAUUUUUUAAUGCAGAAAUUUGAAAUUAACAUAUUUCUUUUGGUCAGAGAAACUAUUAUCUAUUUAAAUUGGGAUCUUUUGAUAUAGGCAAAGCCUUCAAGCCAAAAAAAAAAAAAAGAAAAAAAAAGGUAAAAGCCCAUAGUUUAAUUUCAGAAAAACAACAAAACAGUUUGCAUCUAUCGCAGGAAACACAUCCUGUCUCUGCCUGGGGCAGUUUCCCCUCCUCAUGCAACGGUUUUUGGGAAUUCAGAACCGCCAUUGUUGACUGUCCUGAGAAUUCCCGGGAAAAGAUUUCGAAAAAAAAAAUGGCAUCUUUACUGGUUUCUUGAAGGUCAAUUCCGAGAUCUCGCCUUGUACCCAAUUGGUUUUGGUUCUUCUUCUGAGCUCGAGUUUUUUUUUUUUUUAAUGGGAUUCCAAGUUCUUCUUGGGAGUCAUGAAUGAGGCCGCUGCAACCUCUGUUUCAGAGCUCAGUUUCUGCUCUUUCCAAGGUUCUGAGCACCCAUGGCCACUCUAUCAAGUUAGGUACCAUAUCGGAUGUUUACGCUGCCAAUAUCAUACUGAACGGGUACACGAGAUGCAGGGAGCUGCCAAUUGCCCACAAAGUGUUCGACGAAAUGCCCCACCGGGACACCGUCUCGUGGAACACCUUGAUCGCUGGGCAUGUGAACUGUGGGAAGUUCGAGAGCGCGUGGGAAGUUCUGAUAGAUAUGAGAAGAGGCGGGAUGGGCAUCGAUGGCUACACUUUCGGGAGUGUGCUGAAGGGAGUGGCUUGUGCCGUGAGACUUGACCUCGGGGAGCAAUUGCAUUCGAUGAUUCUAAAGAUGGGAUUGUUGGAGAAUGUUUAUUGUGGGAGUGCUCUUUUGGAUAUGUAUGCGAAGUCCGAGAGGGUUUGGGAUGCGUUCCUGGUUCUUCAACACAUGCCCGAACCGAACUCAGUCUCAUGGAAUGCACUGAUCAGCGGAUUCUCGAAGAACAAAGAUCGGGAGAUGGCUUUUUGGCUUUUGGGUUGUAUGGAGAGUGAGUGUGUUAAACCUGAUGAUGGAACAUUUGCUCCUCUUCUCACAUUGCUUGAUGGCCCAAAUUUUUAUAAGCAGACAGUGCAGAUUCAUGCCAAGACCGUUAAACAUGGUUUGGAAUCGAAAAAUACUGUCUGCAAUGCGAUGAUUACCUCAUACUCUGAGUGUGGUUCCAUCGGAGAUGCCAAAAAGGUGUUCGAUGGUUCUUUCUUGACGCAAGAUAUAGUGACAUGGAACUCAAUGCUUGCUGCCUACCUGGUCCACAGUGAAGAAGAUUCUGCAUUUAAACUCUUCAUCCUCAUGCAGCAGGUUGGUUUUGAACCAGAUAUCUAUACAUAUACAAGUAUGAUAAGUGCAUGUUUCGAACAAUCGCAGAAGAGUCUGGGUAUAUGUCUUCAUGGUUUGGUAAUUAAAAGAGGACUGGAGAUUUCUGUGCCUAUAUCCAAUGCGUUGAUAGCAGUGUACUUGAAAUCAAACAACAGAUCCAUGGAGGAAGCUCUUCGCAUAUUUGAGUCCAUAGAAUCCAAAGAUCGUGUCUCUUGGAACACCAUAUUGACCGGGUAUUCCCAAUUCGGAUUGAGUGAGGACACGUUGAAUUUGUUUGCCCUCAUGAGAUAUCUACUUGUUGAGAUAGAUCACUACUCAUUUUCGGCAGUUCUCAAGUCUUGCUCUGAUUUAGCGACCCUUCAACUUGGCCAAGAGGUCCAUGCCCUGGCACUUAAGACAGGUUUCGAGUCGAAUGAAUUUGUUGCAGGUUCACUCAUCUUCAUGUAUGCCAAGUGUGGAAUUAUCGAAGAUGCUAGAAAGUCUUUUGAGGAGACCCAACAAGAUAGCUCGGUGACUUGGAACUCCAUCAUUUUCGGUUACGCCCAACACGGACUAGGGCAUGAUGCCCUUGACCUUUUCAGAUUAAUGAUUGCAAGAAAGGUCAAACCCGACCACAUAACAUUCGUUGCAGUUCUCACUGCCUGUAGCCACACCGGGUUAGUUGAAGAAGGUGAAAAUUUUCUACAAUCAAUGGACCGAGAUUAUGGGAUUCCAUUGAGAAUGGAGCACUAUGCCUGUGCCAUUGAUCUCUUUGGGCGUUCAGGUUGUAUUGAUAAGGCCAAGGCCUUAGUCGAAUCUAUGCCCUUCAAGCCCGAUCCCAUGGUGUGGAAGACUCUAUUGGGAGCUUGCAGGACUUGUGGGGACAUCGAACUUGCAAGUACAGUUGCAAGCCAGUUGCUCGAGUUAGAACCUGAAGAACAUUGUACCUAUAUUCUGCUAUCGGAUAUGUACGGGAAUCUUGGUAAGUGGGGCGAGAAGGCGGAGAUCAAGAGGCUUAUGAGGGAGAGAGGGGUGAGAAAGGUCCCAGGAUGGAGUUGGAUCGAGGUUCAGAACGAGGUCCAUGCUUUUAAUGCAGAGGAUCAUUCCCACCCACAUUGCACGGAUAUAUAUUUUAUGCUGGGUGGACUCAUGGAGGAGAUAAGGCGGUUGGAUUUGGUUUUGGAUGCUAACUUAGAGGCUUUGGGAGAAAAUUUUGAUUCAUGUCUCGAUUGUUUAGUAUGACAUUCUCGAGAUUACGAAUCGAAAUUUUUAGGGCAACAUCAUGGUCUUAAGUUUAGGUGCAUGCUUCUAUACUUGAAGGAAUCGAAAUUUUUAGAUCUUAAGUUGCGUUUCAUUCUUUUGUAGGCUGUUACUAAAUGAACUGGUGAAUUUUAGACGGGACAAAUUUUUCGUGAUUCUGGAGAUAGUACUCUGUGCUAGGACUUGGUUCGGAUAAGUUUUGUCAUUGGGUAAUUUGGUGCUAGGAUUGAAGAAUAUGAAACUGAUAAGCUAAUGCAGUCUAGGGCAGCUCAGGGGGUUGGUCCAGAUCGGGUUCCGGACUGACCGUAACAUUUGGACGACUAGCUGUGGCCCAGAUCCGGGAGGUAAACUAUUGAGAGAUCCAUAAAGGCUUUCAUUUGGUUUGGUAGUCUAUCAGUGUUAAGACAAGACAUUUCUUGUUGCAUUAUGGGAAGUGUAACAAUCCAAGCAACCUUUUUUUUCCUGGUACUCUCUUAUUGAGAGCCAACAAAGGCUAGAGAUAUGGUUAUUAAAAGCGUGGUGGGGAUACUGUUCACAUUCAUUGUGAUGAAGAAGAGAAAAGCUUUAUCAAUCAA